AAGAUGAUAAAGAGCAUUCCAUUUAAGCUAUUUUUUCUCAUACAAAUAGUUCUGCUCUUUUUAAACAGAUUGCUUGUUUUCAACAAGGAUAAGUAACAGCAGUGCUUGGGCUCUUUUGGUCCUAAAACUUUAAAUGUAGAUUUUAAUGAAAAUAUCUGAAUAAAGGCACUUCAGGAUGUCCCCAGAUCCCAUUUUCUGCUAAGAGUGUGGGCAACUGUCUUAAUGCCGUGCUAUAAAAUAAACACACCGUUUCUAGCAACUGCAAAUGGUCUCAGUAGUGCUUGCUAAUGAUUUUAGGAAUUAAAACACGCACCUCACAUUCUUGAUUUUAAUUUUUACAUUUUUUCAAAUUUAAAGGUCUGUUGGUCAGGCAGUUAUUCAUUGCAAGUGAUUAAUUGUAAUAGAUUAUUUAGAUUCAUUGUAUUGUAAGAUCAGUUUGUCUCCUCAUUUUGUAUUUGUUUCUUCAUCACUUUUUCUUUCAUUUCCUUUAUUUGGCCAUUUCACAUCCAUUUUCCUCCUACACACAACUCUUCCCUAUUCACGUUUUUCAGACUUUAUAUAGACUCCCUCCUUCCUCAGUGUGCAUUCAGCACUUUGCUUUGGUUUUUCCCCCUUUCAAGCUGCCUGGUUUUGUGGUUUCUCCAAUCUGCGGUUCUUGGCUGCCCGUCCAAGCCCUCUGAAGGGCUUCAGAGCCCAUUCCCACUUGGCAUCUCCAGCCACCUCAGCUUCGGGUGCAAGGCUGGGGUACCACUGAUCCACUUGCUUGCUUUCAGCUGCAAAAACAAAUCAAGAAAUCAAAGGCAAGUGAAACUUCCAACAACUGCCUGCUUUGCUUAGACAUGUUGCAAGCUACUGACAAAUGUUCAGGCCAAGAAGUCAAGACUACAAGAAAUCAAUCAAAAUCAGAAAGCAGGUUAAACACAGAGGCUGACACUGCUUCAGAAGAGAUUUCAAUCCAUUCUAUUAAGUCUAAUUGUUCUACAACAUACAGCACUAAACCAGAAAUACAUAACAAAAAGGUAAACUCUUUCAGAACAUGCCAGGGUAAAAAGAAGAACCUGCCAAUAAAAGAAUACUCAAUGUGGAACCUAGAAGAUGUGAAAAAUCCAGACGCUGUAAAGCAUAAAGUGAUAAAACCCCAGGCACUUGAUGUGCUUGAUCCAAAUGGCUGUGAAUCUUUGACUUCAAAGUCUUCACAAGUACUUCCACCAGUGAAACGUGCCACUCCCAAGGAUACUUCAGACCCUUCCUGGAAGAACAAGCAAGCCAUUAUCCUUCAGAACACACUCAAUGGUACUUCAGUUGAGAUUGCUUCCUGCAGUCACGACGCUAAAGAAACAGAGCAAAAGGGUAAAAAAGGAGAUGACUCUAUGAAUGAUAAAAUGAAGGAAAAAGGAGAAAUUCGUGAACCAUCAGCGUUUUUCUCAAGUCUUUCAGAGGUCUCACUGCUGCAGGAAGAUCCUGAACCAUUAUCCUGGGACUGUGCGCUUACAUCUGACAGAAGUAUUGCAACCAUUCCUAAUCCUAUUGCUUCCAAAAAGAACAUUCAUCACGCCUGUAUGCAGGUUCCACACACAAAAGGAAUACAAUACACAAAACAUGACAUCCGAGGCUCUUUAACCUACAAUGCCAGGAACAGGUAUGCUGAGGUCAAGGAAGGAAACAAAUCAAAAAUGCAGGUGGUUCCCCUGCUUUCUGGACUAUUACCUUCCCUAAAGGCCAGUCACACUGCAAGAGCUGAACUGCCACCUAGACUGAACUAACACUUCUAUAUUGUAGUCUCAUGCAUUUUUUUUCCUUGUUAAUUUACGGGGAAAAAAUAAAAUUUCCUCGUGAGCUACUGGGAUAUUUGUAGUUUUUUAAAAUGCUAUUAAUAGCAUAAGCUGAUGAAUGCCAAUUACUUUCACAUAGGUUUAGUUUCUUCCUGACCACAAGAUAGAUUCAUUAGUCUUAACAGCUUAUGCUGGGGAUGCAGUGCAGCCUCUUCAUUUAGAUUCACUCUGAAUGACUACUGUAGCCUGCUAUGAUAAUUAGGCCUUUGAUACCACUGAUCACUGAAACAAUGUCUAACUUUAAGAACAUUCUACUCUGCAAGGCCCUUAAUAAUACCCUUAAAACAGUGCUAAAUCCUACUGAGCUUCACAGACAAACAUUUGCAUACAUUCCUUGCUAAUUUGGCACCAGGAAGAAACAGAAAUGAUCUGAAAAGCAGACAGUGAUGAGACUGACAGUCAUUUACAACUGCUUGUUCUUGUUUAAAGUAGAUUUGUUUUUUAAUCCUGUUACUGUUUUCUUUGCUUGUUUCUGUUUAAUAGAUGUGUAUUCUUGUAUUCUUGUUUCAUCUCAUCAUACUAGAUAGGCCUUCCAGAUCAAGUUCUGUUUUGUUUUUGUGUUAAACAAAAAGCAAAUUAAAAACCAGCAGCCUUUCCAUAGAGACAUCAAUAACUGCAAUUCCAUUGUAGCAGCUUCUUCCCCACAAAGAGCAUGUUCCUUUGCAUUCAGGACAGAUCCACUGCAACUUACACUUCCCCUCUCCUGAUGCUUUGAUAAAGAGUCAGAGUAGGGAAAGAUAACGUCAGUGCAAGACCCCCCCAAUAGGAUAUAGUUUAAAACAGAGCUUUAGAUUGAGGAAUUCUGUACCUUUUUAGAUUUAUAUCUUUACUAAUUAAGCAUGUGCAUAAAAGUAAAGCUUUUAGCAGUUUUCUGUCCUCAACUUGUUAAUUGUGCUCAGGUAUCUGAACAUCACAGCUAGAGAAUAAUCACCUUCCAGACGUGUAGUUUCAGAGGAAGAAAAGAAAAAAAGAUGAUACAUAUUCUGUGUAUCUAAAUAAACUGUUCUGUGUUUAUUCCUUUAAAAAAGGGAAGGAUGAUGUGGUUUUCUCUCCUUCCACAGUCCUGAAGUGACAUGACCCCCAGAGAAGAACAGAGGAGUUGAGCGCUAGUGUUAAGUAACAGUUCCACGCUGUUUGCUUUGUCUCCUAAUAUUAUUCUUCUGGGAAUUGCUUAGGGUAAUCUAGAAACCUUUUAGAACAGUAAUUUGUACUGCAGGUGUGUAAUUCUUUAAGCAUGUACAGCGGCGUAUCAGCUCGAGGUGCAGAGCCCUUGCACUGGAGGUCAGAACAGGGCCACCAUUUGGGGGGCAGUAAACUUGAUUUUUCAAGCUACAGCACCUCUGUAUUGGAGAGGGGAGUGCCACCUACUGAAUGGCUAACGAACUAAGUACUUCUGCCAGAAAUAGCACACAGUUGCUUUCAAGCUUAGUCUUCUGCAUUUCUUCGCUCUUGAAGAAGAAAAGCUAAGCAUUCUAAAAAUUCUAAAGGUGUUGCUUUGGACAAACAUAUAAUGUGAUAAUUGUUCAAAAAGGGAACAAGACACCACUCUGUUCAAAUCUUGACAAUGCAGCAGUACACAGUUUCUCAGUGUUCUUGUCAAUGACAUAUUCCAACUGUUUUUUGCCCAACAAAUAGCUACAAAAAUUUACUAUCUCCACAGUACAGUAUUUCCCUCAAAAGCUUUAGCAUAGUUACAUUUACAGCAGUCAUGUAAUAGGUCUUUGAUAAGCACGCACAAUGAUACAUCAACUUAAGAUAUAGAGAAUGAGACAUCAGAAAUGCAAUCUACAUACAUUCAUACAGGACAGUAAGUAUCAAUGUGUUUUAUUACCUCUACUUAAUAAGUUAGAUUUCAUGAAGUGCCUAUAUCCUGCACUAUUUCAUGCUGCUUUUGUUGCAGUCAAUUUAUACAUACCUUAGGGUAGACUGUAUGGAUAAGGUUUUGUUUCUAUGUGAUGCUUUUGUGAUAUUAAAGAAACGGCACAGACAGUGAUUUUAAAACAGGGAAAUAGGUUAAGUGGGAAUGUUAAUUUCCAUUCAUAUUUUGAUGCAGAAGAAAUAGAUCAUUAUAGCUGCUACUAAGAUCUAUCUGCAUCUUUCAUCUCUUCCAAAACUCUGGGUAUCUGAAAAUCUCCACCAAUGAUUUUUUGCAGUCAAGCUCUAAGUUGUUAAUUUCCAAUAAACAUUUUAUUUUUUUUA